GAUCUACUGUCCUUGUAGCUUGGAAGCGGAUGCCCGAAACUGUGAGGUAGGUGGUCAUUUUUCUAAGGGCUCUGAAUCCAUUGAUGAGUUUGGAGAAAACAAUGCUGCAGUUUCCAUGGAGGAUAUAAGGAGAAGAAUCUGUAUGAAUGAAGAUAACCCUGGUGAUUGUUUUCUCAGUGGGAAGGAUGUUGGGCAGUCUAAGGUUUGUGCUAGAGGGCAUUGGAAACCUGCCGAGGACUCUAAACUCAAGGAACUUGUUGCACUUUAUGGACCUCAAAACUGGAAUCUUAUAGCUGAGAAGUUGCAAGGAAGAACAGGUAAAAGUUGUAGAUUGAGGUGGUUUAAUCAACUUGACCCAAGGAUCAACAAAAAGGCUUUUAGUGAAGAGGAAGAAGAAAGGCUGAUGACAGCUCAUAAAGCAUAUGGUAACAAAUGGGCGAUGAUUGCUAGGCUUUUCCCCGGGAGAACUGAUAAUGCUGUCAAAAACCAAUGGCAUGUUAUAAUGGCAAGGAAAUACAGGGAGCAGGCUAGUGCCUAUAGAAGGAGAAAGCUAAGUCAAGCUAUUCAAAGAAAGAUGGAAGAAAAUGGGAACCUUAACUGCAGAGAGGCGGCUAAUGGCAACAACACAAACUCCCCUAAAAACCCAUCUGUUGGGUCUAACGGCUUUUACAACAAGACUUCAAGGAAAGGAGCUGCAACCUGUGUUAGAGAUUUGUUUCUUGGGUCUAAGAGCCACAACUCUUUUUCUCCUGGGGAAGGAGCUUGUAGAAAUCGGACACCCUUAGAUUUCUUUUCUGAUUACAUCAGGCCAGAAAGCUUCAGAUGGAAUAGUAGGCAAUGGAAUAUGCUCCAAGACGAAACAACCUUGACUGCUUCCUAUCCAUAUUCUCAUCCUUCACAGAUGUUAAUGCAGCAAUCAAGUAACCAUCAGCGAUCUGGUUUCUCAGACUCCAUAGCGUCAGUAUCUCAGGUCACAGUCACUGAAACAUCAUCAUCAUCACCAUCAGCUGCAGAGAAGGCAGCAGCAAGCCAUUUGGAGACUACCGCAUCACCACCACCCUUUAUAGAUUUUCUUGGAGUAGGAGCUUCAUGAAGAACAAGGCUUUCCAAACCUAGUAAAUGGAUUUAGAACUAAAAAGAGUGUCCAAAGAAUAGCUGAGACGUCAUUGCAGGGCAAAGAGAAGGGAUUAUUUUCUAGAUUAAUCAGGAUUCAGAACAGCCCUUA